AUGAAAUUCUCUUUGUCCAUUGCCGUAUGUCUGGCUGCUAUGGCUUCAGCGGCCAGCGUUGGGACCACUACCGCAUCAACCAUGAAGGCUAUUAUGGGAGACUUCUCCAAGCUUGGGCAACAGUUCGCAAAAAUCGCCAACGAUGUUAAUGCCUUCCCUCAAACAGGAAUGGCGGGUGUUCAGGAUAUACACAACGAUGCGGCUGUCAUUCACGACCUCUUCUCGAGCGUGAAUGACAAUCUAGAUGCUCUUCCAAGACCAGUAUCGGAUGAGCAUGUCCUCAAAGUCUUUUCUACGUUUAACAGCUUCACCCCCGACAUCAUGGACUAUCUCAACGGGAUCACGGAAAAAUCUGCUGACUUUAAAGCUCUUGGCACGGCUUCCUCAACGAUCUCUAUCGACUUACAGGCCUCUGUGAAAUCGUGCGCACAAUUCGGACAAACAAUAAUGACAAUGAUUCCUCCCGCUAUGAGCGACACAGCGAGCGCUACGUUCAACGAAGUCGAUGUUGCCAGGCAAAAUGCCAUUGCUUCUCUUGCUUAG